UGUAGGGAGCUGCGGGUCUCACCGCCUGCUGUCAGCUAGCUCAGCGCCUCCGAGCGAUGGCUGGAGGAAACUCGCGGCACCAGCCCCGUGGGGCCGGCCGCGGGUGAGCCCCUCUGCCGCCUUCUGCGAGCAUGUCACCUCCAGCCUGCGAGGUCGCUUUCGCUAGCCGUGUCGGUGCCUCCGCCUCCUGCAGCCGCAGCCGCUGCCUGGAGCAGUGGCCCCCGGACCCCCGCCCCUGAUCCGCGCCCAGACCCUGGUGCCAGAGGACCAUGGCUGGCCAAGGCGACUGCUGCGUCAAAGUGGCCGUCAGGAUCCGGCCCCAGCUAUCAAAGGAGAAGAUUGAAGGCUGUCACAUCUGUACCUCUGUCACCCCUGGGGAGCCCCAGGUCCUUCUGGGGAAGGACAAGGCCUUCACCUAUGACUUUGUCUUUGACCUGGACACCUGGCAGGAGCAGAUCUAUUUGACCUGUGUGAACAAGCUCAUUGAAGGCUGCUUCGAGGGCUAUAAUGCCACCGUACUGGCCUAUGGACAGACAGGGGCCGGAAAGACAUACACUAUGGGUACUGGCUUCGACACAGUGACAUCAGAAGAGGAGCAGGGCAUCAUCCCAAGAGCCAUUGCACACCUCUUCAGGGGCAUCGACGAACGCAAGCGGCGAGCACAGGAACAGGGCAUGACUGGGCCUGAGUUCAAAGUCAGUGCCCAAUUCCUGGAGCUCUACAAUGAAGAGAUCCUUGACCUGUUUGACAGCACCCGUGACCCUGACGCCCGCCACCGAAGGUCCAACAUCAAGAUCCAUGAGGAUGCCAAUGGUGGCAUCUAUACCACAGGUGUCACUUCCCGCCUCAUCAACUCCCAGGAGGAGCUGAUCCAGUGCCUGAAGCAGGGAGCCCUGUCGCGCACCACAGCCAGUACCCAGAUGAAUGUUCAGAGCUCCAGAUCGCACGCCAUCUUCACCAUCCACCUGUGCCAGAUGCGUGUGUGUGCCCAGCCUGACCUGGUGAAUGAGACAGUGACUGGGCUUCCGGAUGGAGCAGCCCCCACGGGCACUGAGUAUGAGACACUCACUGCUAAGUUUCACUUUGUGGACUUGGCCGGCUCAGAGCGGUUGAAGCGGACAGGGGCGACCGGAGAACGGGCCAAGGAGGGCAUCUCCAUCAACUGUGGUCUGCUGGCCUUGGGCAAUGUGAUCAGCGCCUUGGGAGACCAGAGCAAGAGGGUCGUGCAUGUGCCCUACAGGGACUCCAAGCUCACUCGGCUGCUCCAGGAUUCUCUUGGAGGCAAUAGCCAGACCAUCAUGAUUGCCUGUGUGAGCCCCUCGGAUCGAGACUUCAUGGAGACGCUUAAUACUCUCAAGUAUGCCAAUCGGGCCCGCAACAUCAAAAACAAGGUUGUGGUGAACCAGGACAAGACCAGCCAGCAAAUCAGCGCACUGCGAGCUGAGAUUGCACGCCUGCAGAUGGAACUGAUGGAGUACAAAGCGGGCAAGCGGGUUAUCGGGGAGGACGGUGCAGAGGGCUACAGUGACCUGUUUCGGGAGAAUGCCAUGCUACAGAAGGAGAACGGGGCACUGCGGCUCCGAGUGAAGGCCAUGCAGGAGGCCAUUGAUGCCAUCAACAACCGGGUCACACAGCUCAUGAGCCAGGAGGCCAACCUGCUUCUGGCCAAGGCUGGUGAUGGCAAUGAGGCCAUUGGUACUCUGCUCCAGAACUACAUCCGGGAGAUUGAGGAGCUUCGAACAAAGCUCCUGGAGAGUGAGGCCAUGAAUGAGUCCCUCCGCAGAAGCCUCUCACGGGCUUCAGCUCGGAAUCCCUAUUCCCUGGGAGCAUCUCCAGUAGGUCCAGCCUUUGGUGGCAGCCCGGCCACCUCCAUGGAAGAUGCUUCUGAAGUGAUUCGAAGGGCCAAGCAAGACCUGGAACGCCUGAAAAAGAAAGAGGUCAGGCAGCGAAGGAAGAGCAGCCCAGAGAAAGAAGCCUUCAAAAAGAGGGCAAAGCUCCAGCAGGAAAACAGUGAGGAGACUGAUGAAAAUGAGGCUGAGGAGGAGGAGGAAGAGCGAGAUGAGAGUGGCUGUGAGGAGGAGGAAGGGCGUGAGGAUGAGGAUGAAGACUCGGGCAGUGAAGAGAGCCUGGUAGACUCAGACUCCGACCCUGAAGGAAAGGAAGUGAACUUCCAGGCAGACCUGGCGGACUUGACAUGCGAGAUUGAGAUCAAGCAAAAACUGAUUGACGAGCUGGAGAACAGCCAGCGGCGGCUGCAGACCCUCAAGCACCAGUACGAGGAGAAGCUCAUUCUGCUGCAGAACAAGAUCCGAGACACGCAGCUGGAGCGCGACCGCGUGCUGCAGAACCUCAGCACCAUGGAGUGCUACACAGAGGAGAAGGCCAACAAGAUAAAGGCAGAUUAUGAGAAGAGGCUGCGGGAGAUGAACCGGGACCUGCAGAAGCUACAGGCUGCUCAAAAGGAGCAUGCCAGGCUACUCAAGAACCAGUCCCGCUAUGAAAGGGAGCUGAAGAAGCUACAGGCAGAGGUAGCAGAGAUGAAGAAGGCCAAGGUAGCACUCAUGAAGCAGAUGCGUGAGGAACAGCAGCGGCGACGACUGGUGGAGACCAAGAGGAACCGGGAGAUUGCUCAGCUCAAGAAGGAGCAACGGAGGCAGGAGUUUCAGAUACGGGCCCUGGAGUCUCAGAAGCGCCAGCAAGAAAUGGUCCUGAGGAGGAAAACUCAGGAGGUUUCUGCACUGAGACGCUUGGCAAAGCCCAUGUCUGAGCGAGUGGCUGGGCGUGUAGGAUCGAAGCCCCCCAGCCUGGAUUCUGGGGCUGAGGUGUCUGCCAGUACUACCUCAUCUGAGGCUGAAUCGGGGGCGCGCUCUGUCUCCAGCAUAGUGCGUCAGUGGAACCGGAAAGUCAACCACUUCCUGGGGGACCAUCCUGCAGCCACUGUCAAUGGCACCCGCCCAGCCAGGAAGAAGUUCCAAAAGAAGGGAGCCAGCCAAAGCUUCAGUAAGGCUGCAAGACUCAAGUGGCAGUCCCUGGAGCGGAGGAUCAUCGACAUUGUCAUGCAGAGAAUGACCAUCGUCAACCUGGAAGCUGAUAUGGAGCGUCUCAUAAAGAAAAGGGAGGAGCUCUUCCUCCUACAGGAGGCGCUGCGGAGGAAGCGGGAGCGCCUGCAGGCGGAGAGCCCUGAGGAGGAGAAGGGACUACAGGAGCUGGCUGAGGAGAUCGAGGUGUUGGCAGCCAACAUUGACUACAUCAACGACAGCAUCACGGACUGCCAAGCCACCAUCGUGCAGCUGGAGGAAACCAAGGAGGAGCUGGACUCAACAGACACAUCGGUGGUCAUUAGCUCCUGCUCCCUGGCUGAAGCCCGCCUACUGCUAGACAACUUCCUCAAGGCGUCCAUUGACAAGGGACUACAGGUAGCACAGAAGGAAGCCCAGAUCCGGCUGCUGGAAGGUCGCCUGAGACAAACAGACAUGACUGGCUCUUCCCAGAACCACUUGCUCCUAGAUGCUUUGCGUGAGAAGGCCGAGGCACACCCCGAGCUGCAGGCCCUCAUCUAUAAUGUGCAGCACGAGAAUGGCUAUGCAAGCACAGAUGAGGAGGUUUCAGAGUUCUCUGAGGGGAGCUUUUCCCAAUCAUUCACUAUGAAAGGCUCUACCAGCCAUGAUGACUUCAAGUUCAAGGGUGAGCCCAAGCUAUCUGCGCAAAUGAAGGCCGUGUCUGCGGAGUGCCUGGGACCCCCACUGGACAGCUCCACCAAGAACAUCACCAAGUCCCUGGCCUCCCUCGUGGAGAUCAAAGAGGAUGGAGUGGGCUUCUCUGUCCGGGACCCCUACUACCGGGACAAGGUCUCACGCACCGUCAGCCUGCCCACCCGGGGCAGCACUUUCCCUCGGCAGUCUCGAGGUGGUGCGGACACAUCUCCUCUGACCAGGAGGAAGUCUUAUGACCGGGGACAGCCCAUCAGAUCCGCAGACAUGGGCUUUACACCGCCAUCAUCACCUCCUACCCGUCCCCGUAAUGACCGAAACGUCUUCUCUCGUCUCACCAGCAAUCAGAGCCAGGGGUCAGCACUGGACAAGUCUGAUGACAGCGACUCCUCUUUGUCGGAGGUCCUGAGGGGCAUCAUCACCCCCAUUGGAGGAGUAAAGGGAGCACGGACGGCCCCAUUGCAGUGUGUCUCCAUGGCCGAGGGCCACACCAAGCCCAUCCUCUGCCUGGAUGCCACCGAUGAGUUGCUUUUCACAGGGUCCAAAGACCGUAGCUGCAAGAUGUGGAACCUGGUGACAGGGCAGGAGAUCGCAGCUCUCAAGGGCCACCCCAACAACGUGGUCUCUAUCAAAUACUGCAGCCACUCGGGGCUGGUGUUCUCUGUGUCCAGCUCCUACAUCAAGGUCUGGGACAUCCGUGACUCGGCCAAGUGCAUUCGGACACUCACGUCCUCAGGCCAGGUGAUCUCAGGAGAUGCUUGCAUAGCUACAUCCACACGUGCCAUCACCAGUGCCCAGGGGGAGCAUCAGAUUAACCAGAUGGCCCUCAGCCCCUCAGGCACCAUGCUCUAUGUCGCCUCUGGCAAUGCUGUUCGCAUCUGGGAGCUCAACAGGUUCCAGCCCAUUGGCAAACUGACUGGCCACAUUGGCCCAGUGAUGUGCCUGACAGUCACCCAGACUUCCAACCAGCAUGACCUCGUGGUGACUGGCUCCAAGGACCACUAUGUGAAGAUGUUCCAGCUGGGCGACUGUGUGAUGGGCACCAUUGGCCCAACCCACAACUUUGAGCCCCCUCACUAUGAUGGUAUCGAAUGCCUGGCCAUCCAAGGAGACAUACUGUUCAGUGGCUCCAGGGACAAUGGCAUCAAGAAGUGGGACCUCGAACAGCAGGAGCUCAUUCAGCAAAUCCCCAAUGCUCACAAGGAUUGGGUAUGUGCCCUGGCCUUCGUUCCCGGCCGGCCCAUGCUGCUGAGCGCCUGCCGGGCAGGCUUCAUCAAGGUCUGGAAUGUGGACAACUUCACACCCAUUGGUGAGAUCAAGGGCCACGACAGCCCCAUCAACGCCAUCUGCACCAACAGCAAGCAUAUCUUCACAGCCUCCAGUGACCUGACGGUGAAGUUCUGGAGCAUGCGGCGGCUUCCAGCAGCCCACCCUUGAAGUUAGGGCUGAGGGUGAUCAGACCCUCAGACCCAGCAGCCUACACAGCAUGGAGAGGAAGCUGAUCAGACCAGCCAGGUGCACUGAGGACAGAGGGUGUGGUCCUUCUCUUGCUCUGCUUCCUCCAAAGUCCCCUCUGUCCCUCCCCAGCCUCCUGAGAAAGGAGAGGCUGAGGAGGGAAUUAUUAAGCUGUGAAGCCAAACGGCAUGAUUCCCCUCCCCCAUCAACCAGUCCCUGCCCUCCUCCCGACUGGCCACAAGGUCUACUGCUGAGCCAGCCCUGAUGCCUCUCUUCCAGGCCCUCAGCCCAGGGUGAGACUGAGGGAGAAGCAGCCCUAGCCCCACCCCCAUCCAUCUAACUUCCAGUGAGCUAGCCUCUUCCAGUGUCCCCACCGCUGGAGCCACUGCACCUGCCUCUGAGCCCACCAAGGUAGUUCUCAGGUAACCAUGGAAACCAGACAUAAGCAGCUGAGUCCUGAAGCUGACCCUAAAUCCUACAGCCACCAACAACCAAUUCCAAUGGGGCCCAGUCAUUCCCCAAGGCCCCAUUCUGCUGGGGCCUCGGCGGAGCUGCUUAAACAAUUCCUUUGGGAAGAAGGUCAGCAAUACUGCAGUUAUUUAAUUUAUUGAUUUUUUUAAAUUAUUUUUAUGUUUUGCUGUUGCCUCCUGGAAACUGACUUGAAGUUUCUUCCCAUCUUCUUCCCUCUGCUCCUGGCGAGGGGUCUUCUCUCUGGUGUUCCUGGGGCCCCGCUCUGCUUGCUCUGCAACCGAGGGGAAGGCCCACUCCACCCUUUGCAGCUCUGGCCAUUGUCCCAGUUCUGCCCACCCCAGCAGACCUUCUAGUAUAGACCAGGCCUCUAGGCAGCCUGAUGCCAUAGUGCCUUCCUCCAUCCUGGGGCCUGGCAUCAUGCUGGGCAGCCUUACACCAACCAUGCCCACAGCCCACAUGUGUCUUCUACUUCUGGGCCUUGUGCCCACAGCCCCUUAAAGGUCCACCCCGACAGCCAGGACCAGGGAACCCAUGCUCCCCAGAGUCCUGUGUGGUCCAGUGGGAAGUAGCUUGGUAGACUGUCCACUAGGUAGGCUUGAGUAGUAAGACCAUCAAGUUCUUUGCCUAACCCCCCAGCCAAUUAUGUUUCCACCCCCAAGGGAGACAGGGGGCCUCCUCAGCUUCUUUUAGUUUUCUAGAAACAGGUUUUCAAGCCUUAAAAUCAGCCUGGGCCAAAGGUCCCUCCCUUUUAGGCUGGCAUGAGGAGGUACCGACUCCACCCCCGCUUCUUCCCUUGGUGCUGUGGGCUUAGCUGCUGGGAUGAGGUGGAAUCGGUGUCUGGCGCCCCCUCUUGGAACAACUCUGAAUUUAUAGGACUAGGCCUUGAGGGCCCAGCUCUCUUCCUCACCCCGUCUUUCCCUGCCCUUAAACCGGUCCAUACUUACUCUACUGCUUCACUAUCUUGUGCUUUCUGGUCUCAUUCUGGAGCCGUGAACCCCAGCUCUAUUCAGAGGACGUGGUGGCUUGUGGACUUUGGAAAGCUAGCAUAGCGCAUCUGCACCUAGCUCAUCUCCCUCUAUGGUGGCUACAUUGGUGCAAGCCGUCUCAGAGCUGCGUCUGAGGCUGACACUAAGACUGUCCCGCCGAUUGGUGGCCCCUGCCGGACGUGGUGUUAGGUCUGGGGAAGUGGGUAUUUGGGACCAUGCGCCUGGAAAGCGGUCAGCUGAAACCUGGACAGUCUGUCUGCAGUGACCAGAAACCCUCCUUCCUCUGCUCAUUCCAGGAGUGUUAAGAAACUUCCUUAGCACUCAGAAGCAACCACAUCUUCAUCUCCUCCUUCCAGUUCCCAAGUGGAAAGCCUGGACCUUACACCCUGUAAGAAAACCCAGAAUCCACCUGCAUGACUGUUUACAAACUACAGAAACACAUGAGACUUGUAUCCCGACCCUAUGGGCUGGGCUGCCCCAACAUGGGGUACCUGUACUGUAGAGCUGCAAGGCCAGUUCUUGCACAAAGUGUGUGGUCUUACAGCCCACGAGAGGUGCUCACCGCCAUUGCCCCCUCUGCCAUUCCUGAUGGGCCACUACCUCAUGGUGGGGCUGCUAUGCUGUCCCAGCGAGUGUCAUUGACUAAACUUGAAAUACUUCGGAGCUCUGAGCACAUCAUCUCCGAGCCAUUCUGAGCUGUGUUCUGGGAAUGUUGGAGUCCCUGUCCACUCUUUUAAGGGUGUCCAAGGUACAUAAUCAGGGGCCCCCAGCUCCACUCAUUGCACAAACGGCCGACAUGUUGGAAGCACAAACUGGUUGGAAUUUGAGCACAAUAGCAGGCCUCUGGGCAGACAGUAUGAGCAAACUUGGGCCGAGGCAGUCUUUCCCAGAUGGCCUGAGUCUUAAAUGAGACUAGGAAUGCCCCUGUCCUCUGGAACUUGUCAUACUACUUCUUGUGUUCAUCUUGAGACUUGAGGCCCAGGCCACAUCUGUAUGCUGUGGGGCCCUCCCUAGAUCCCCCACACCCCAGGCCUUUAAAAACACAAGUACAGCUCUACCCUACCAUGCUAAGUCUGAAGAGCCUGGCCCUGGGCUUCCAUCUCCUGAGCUAAUGCCCACAUCCAUGCUUCUGAAGCUGAAGAACUUCUAUCUAGAUGGAAAGUGUCUACUGUCCCCAAUCUCUUAGGCCUUCUCUGCACAGUCCUGGGCCAGGACCCAUUCCAGUAUUAACCAAUUCAGUGUUUGCUCUUGUUGGAGAGACAUGACUCUACAGCAGCCAGCUCCCAGAAGGCUGUGCCUGGAGCAGCCUUUAGAGACUGCCCAAGGAGAAAGAGAAUGUAAAGAACAAGAGGCUGACCCAGCCCAGCCCUUGAUGUGGUCAGAAUGCCACCACCAACUACUUGAAAAGGGACAGCUAUGGAUUAGGAAGUAGCCUCCCAGCUGCAGUCUGGGAAUUGCCUGUGGCUUGGGCAAAGGGCAUUAUAAAGCACGAAGCCACGCUGGGAAGAUGCUGCCUCCCUGGGCAUCCCCAUGCUAACCGUUGUGGUGGCAGCGCAGGUGGGAAGCUGAUGUGAAGUCAGGACACUGCAUCUCUGCCCUGCCCUCUCCCAGCUCUUGGAGGCUUCCCUGGAGUCUGGCCUGGGUGCAGGCACACCCCCUUGCCUGGUAUGUUUGUGUGGGCAGGACCUGCCCUGCAGGAGCAGUGAAUUCCUUCCCUUCAUGCGGCCCAAAGCUGGGGCAUCUGUCCCUUUGUCUUUUCACACAAGAAACUUCUUACUGCAUCCUUUGCUGAGCACAGUGACCAGGGCCUCCGCAGACCUUCCUGAGCCCCGCUGUUCCCCACCUAACUCCCAGUCUUCACUGCUCCUUAUGAGCAAGAGCAGAAUCUGCAGGGAAAGUUGUUCCUUUGACAUCAUCGGUCUGCCCCCGUGCCCACCUCCCUUCAUCGCCAGCACCCAGCUGACCUCCCUUCGCCUCCUCCCCUCCACCUCCCUAAAGGAUUUGUCAGAAAGUGGAAAGUCGGUACUACUGAGAGUCAGAAAAGACCACUGAUGUCUUGGGGCCCGCCCUGCCACCAGCUCUGGAGCUGUUGCCCCUGCCUAGGUUGCAGGCUCUCGUUUGGCUUGUACGCUCUCCUGUGACGCGGUAGCACAAGGUGUGUAUGUUUUGUACCUCUGCUGAUGACUGUACAUAGUGUAUGAAAGUUAUUUAAGCCUCAUGCUGUACAUUUCUGUUCUGGAAUUGGAUGUGUGCGUUCUAAGAACUUGUCAUAAAUAAAACCCGAAUGACCAUCGUCCACAGACGUGUGGCUGGCGGGCUGUGGCUGA